AUGAUUAUUCCAAUUCAAUCAAAUUGUUAAUCUGAUUCAAUUUUUAAUAAUAAUCAAACACUAAUCAUAUUUAAUAAAUUAUGUUAAACUACACUAUUUUAUUCUAUUUCAAUAUCGAAUCUAUCAUUUUUAAAUCUUACUAAAUAUGAUUUAUUAGAUGAUUUUUCUAGCCAUGAUAUUCCUCAAAGUGUUCUAAUAAGUAUGUUAUUUUGUUCAAGCGAGGAGAUAUCAAUCAACUUUCACAAUAUUUUCGUUUUGUAUAUAUUAAGUGAGAAGAAAAUGUACAUUCAAAAUCGUUUUGAGAGUUAUGCAAAAAUUGUUUAAAGAUUAUCUAAUUGUGAAAAUAUUUAAGAUUAUAUUGAAGAAAAUAUCACAAGUAAAUAACUGUUGAUAAACUAAAAGAAGAUAAAUAUGAGUAGCUAAUUGUAUAUCUAAUCUUAUUUGGUUAAAUAAUUAUUAAUUUUACAUUAUAAAGAAGAAUUAGUUGCUAUGUUUAAUACGAAAGUAAAAUAACACAUAAUCUAUCCCUUUUCAAAUGUAUUAACUUUGACAGAAUUACCCUUAAUUUUUGCAAUAUCAUAAAAAACUUUAAUUAUUUAUAGAGUGUAUUAUCCUUAACCUUAUUUUCAAAUAUAGAAAGAUGGUAAAUAUGUUAAGAAAAUUAAAAUAAAUUCUGGUUCAGUGCUUCCAUCAUCAAGACUGGAAUUUAAAAAGUUUGAAAUUUUCACUGAAUAAAAUUUAAAAUUUUUUCUUUAAUCUUCUAAAAUUACAUAUAUUGUAGAAAAAUUAAAUGAUAAAAUUUGUAUCAAUCACAACAAAUUAUAAAAAUCAAAUCCUUUUGAAAUACUUAUUGUUUAGUAAAAAUCACAAAUUAUCAUCAAUUAAUAAAAUUCUGUUCUAAAUCUUUGCUCGAUAAACUUAACUUCUCAAUAGAAAAUGUUUGUUAUUUAAGAAUAAGAUGUGUAAAAUUAUAUUAUAUUAAAAAUACAGCAUGAUAUUUUAUUGAUAUAUGCUUGUGAAUAAAAUUAACUUAAACGUUCUCAUAAAAUAAAGAUUGAAAAACAUUACAUCAAUAUUUUUUCUUUUCCUAAUGUUUUGCGAAUUGUAAUUAUAUACCAUUAUAAAAUAAUUGUAAUAGAAUUGAAAAAUUAAUAAAUUAUACAGUAAAUUCAGAAUUUAGAUCUUUAAAUUUUGAAUUGUGUUUAAAUUUCUGAUGAUAUAUUUAUUAUAUUUGAAGAUUGUAGAAAGGCCAUUAUGAAUAUAAACUCAGAAAAAAUAUAGGUAUUGUUUAAAUAAACAUACCCCUUUGAUUGUAGGGUUAGUCUUUAGUUCAUAUUUAAUGAAGUCUUUAUUACAUAAAAUGAAAUUAUAAUAUCUUCAAAAAAGAACUUUAAAAGAAAACUGCUUAAUUUAGAAAGUAACAAAAAUAUCAUGACAAUUGUACUAUACUAAUAUUUGAUUAUAGUCAGACAAGUGUAAAAUGAGUAUUAAUUGAAAUUAUUUUACAUUCAUGAAGAAUAAGCUAUUUUCUUAUAUAAUUUACCAACAUAUGAUUUCAAAAUCACACAUUCUCUAGAAUAUUAAACCUAUGAAUCUUACCUUAUGUUAAAAGCAUUUAAGUAAAAUAUCAAUUAUCUAUUAAUUUAUGAUAUAAGUAAAACAGCAAUAUUAUCUCUUAUUCGAAUUACAAAGAUUGAUAAAGAUGAAACAUUUUUUUUUAUAUUAUCCUCAAAUUAGAUCCUUUAUUAUUUUGAAGGCUAAUUUAUAAUUUAAAACAUAAUCUCUACUUGUUUCAAUUAUUGUAAUAAUUUUGUAAAUGAAAAGUUUCUAUUCUAAGAAGAAUUUAAAUUAAAAGUAAUUUCUUAAAUUAAUAAUUAAAUAUUAAAUGUUACUUUUGAACUGAUUACUCUAAGUGAUGAUUAUAAUUUAAGGUUACUUAAUUAAGAAUAAAUAUUAAUUUCUAAUAAUACAAUUAAUUUAAGUAACAUAUAUGGAAGCAUCGAAAAUAUAGAAAUUUUCCCUCAAGAAGAAUAUUAAAUUAUAUAUCCAUUAACAUUUACUCAUAAAGAAUAGAAGUUUUUGAAAUAUCAAUCAGCUGUAUGUUAUAAGAUCCCAUAAAGAAUUAAUAUUAAUUGUUUCGAUGACAAUCAAUUUUAAAUACAUGAGAAUUCAAUUUAGAAUAUCUUGCAUGUUGCUAAUUAAAAAAACAAGACAUUUUAUCAAGUAUAUUACGAAUUAAAUACACACGAGAUCAAUUUAAUGUUAAUUAAUAUUGAAUUGGAUCAAUAUUAAAUCAAAAUUGAAAAAAUUUAAAUUCCUGAUGAUCUUUAUAAAGAUCGAUUAAGUAUGAAUUUAAUUAUAAUUAAGGUCAUAAUAUACAUAUUAUUAAAACGACAUAAAAUCUCUCCAUCUUUUAAUUGUUAAAUGGCAAAAAUUAUAUUACAUUCAAUAACAUUUAUCAUACAGAAUUAAGUUCAAUUUUUAAAGUCAAUAGAAAUUUGGUAUCAAGUUAUCUAUUCGAUUCAAAUUUUGUUUUUAUAUCAGAAUCAUCAUAGCAUAUCAAUAUAAUGUUUAUUGCAAUUACUUAGGUAAAUGAAAAAGAAAUUAAUUAUGAUAUUAGAUUAGAUUGUAAAUAGAUUUUAAAUACAAUAAUUCCAGAAGGAGUGAUAUCAAUAUUAUGGAAUUUAUAAAUGAGUUUGAAAAUAUUUUAAAUUCAAAUUGAAAAAGAUCUAAUACAUUUUGAAAUUGGUAUUUUUUUCCAUUAGUAUUUUGCUUUAUUGAUGUCAUUUAAAAUUGAUAAAAAAUUUGAAUCGAUGCCUGAAUUAUAAAGUACAACAAUCUUGAGAUAUUAAAAGGAAUUUUAAUUUGUUAGAUUGCUCUAUGUUGAUAAUAAUUUUACAAUAUUGAUAUUAAGUAAUAAUGAAAUUCAUGAAUUUGUUUAUGUUUACGAUAUUCGCAGAAGAAAAGUUUAACAAAAUAUUGAUAGCAUUUAGAAACUAAUUAAUCAAUAAUAUACUGCAAUUGAAAGGUAUAAUUAAUCUCAUUAUAUCCUUAUAUCUAAGGAUCGAAUAAUAUUUAUAACUCUUGAUGAGCCAAGAUUCUCUUGUUAAACUUUGUGUUAAGCUAUACAAUCUAUUCAGUUUAGUAAUGAAGUAUCAAAAAUAUAAAUUGAAAUUUCAGAUUUUUAGUAGAAUAAAGUUCAUAGAGCAUAAGUUAGUAUAAUUUUAGUUACGUUUAUAUGUAUUUUACUAAUUCAAAAGUUUUUAAGGAAAAAUAAUUUAUAAGCAAAAUUAUCAUCGAAUCUAUAAAGUUAAUUGAAAUGA